UCAUGUGCUGUUGGUGACCUUGUUACUCAAAUAGAGUAGAGUCAGAGUACGCAGAUGUUAGCACAGCGCAAAGGUCCAAUGCUGUUGGAACAAAAUGAAAACAUUGCUGUGCCGUUUAUUUGGCUUUCAUUGGGACAGAAUUCUCGUUGGGUCAACAGGAACAGUUUUCAUUUAUUGACAUAGGCUAAAAUUAUUUUUUCUCCAUUUUGCAUAAACCAGUAACUGGACGACAACAUAAUUCAUGCAUUUAAUGUCAACAUAUUUUCAGCGUGUAAGUCCAGCAGCCCUGUUGGUUCAUUGUGCUGAGUUUAAUAGGUGCAUUUCGAGGCUUGUUCAGUCGAUUCCAAGGUCACGUCAUCUUUUCCCACUUUGUUUCCUGUGCAUAACUUAUUUCCAACUUGGGUCAAACACGGCCGCCCUCUCCCCUAGUCUGCUGACGACGCUGCUGACGUGAGGUCACCCAUAAUCUGAAGGUGCUGGUGCACAUUUCUGGAGAAACCGAAUGAUUAAUGUGUACAUGUGUAGAAAUGUCUGGAAGAAAUCUGGAAGCAUCGCAACAGCAGGUUAAACAGCUAAGCAUUGCUCAGCAUACAGAGAGGAAGUCCAGCGGCUAACAGACUGGUGCAGAACCAACAACCGGUCUCUGAAUGUGGACAGAGCUAAGGAGAUGGGUGUUGGCUUCAGAUGAGCGUGAGGUGACCAGCCCCCCUCAACAUCACUGGCUCUGCUGUGGAAAUCAUCAGUAGCACUUUGGAUUGUCUCUUUUUGUUCUGUGUUGCACCGUGUCGGUCAUGGAGGAACAUAAUUUGACUCCACUGUGUACUUGUACAUAGAUGGAAUAACAAUAAAAGCCUCUUGACUUGACUCGACUUGACUUGGCUUGACUUGGCUUGCUGCUGUGAGUGUUUGGUGAGCACAGGAACAGAAAGCUGCUCUGUGGCUGCUUUGAGGCCCAAAGGUGGGGGCAGGAGGGGGCCUGUAGUCGUCACAGUCUUUCAGAGAGCGAGAGCUUGUUGUGGUCAGCCUGGACGUCUCUGUGAAAGGCUGGUGAAGCAGCAGUAGGCGGUUCAGACCGUGCUGGACAUCAGAAAAUGCGGCCGCUCAGCGUCCUGCUCUGCGCUGUGACCAUUACCUGCUUCUGUUACUGCGCUUCCAGUGAAGAUUUCACUGUAACUCAGACUCCGUCUGAACUCACAGUGAAGGAGGGGGGCUCUGUUAGCGUCGCCUGCUGCUGGGAUAAAAACAUCACUGGAGUGAAAGUGAAAUGGUUUAAAGAUGAUCAACUCACUGGACACUGGAGUGAUGAGCGCCUUCAUAGCGAGAUCCAGGGGAACUGCUCGGUGUUGUCCAUUAAGAACAUCCGUAACAACGAGACGGGGCUUUACAUCUGUGAAGUUACGCGAGACGUCCCAAAACUGGACAUCAGAAGAGGAGAAGGGACGGCUGUGAAAAUCCAGGCUGAAAAUGGUGUUGGAAGAUUCCCAGAAGAAGAGAGGCCCAUCAAAACAAGGUCAAAAGAUGUGAACUUUCACAAGCCACCCAGUACAGAAGAGAAUAAAGUUCCAUUUACAUCUCACGAUGGAGUCGUUUACGCAGUCCGCUGCCUUCCCUUCGUUACUCUGCUGCUGGCGGUGUGUUACUUAAACAGCGAUACCAAAAGGAGACCACAGCCGAAACCACGUUCACAGAAUGCAGAAGAGGAGGAAAGAGAGCUGGUAGAGGGGGAAGAACAAACGGGAGAAGAAAGAGAGCAGGAUGGGGGGAAUGAACAAGUGCAAGGAGAAACAGGGCUGGAAGAGAGAAAUGAGCAAACAAGAACGGAACCAGAGCUGGAAGAGGAGGAUAUAGAAAGGGGUGGGAAAGUGGAGCUGGAAGAGAGGCAAGAACGAACAAGACAAGAAAGAGAGGUGAAAGAUGAAGAAAAGAACAAGAGGAGUGAAGAAGUACUUGUGGAGAAGAAGGGAGCAGAGGUAGAAGAGCAGGACGUGAAAAUGGAUGAACCUGCUCAGAGCAAAGAGAAUGACAGCAAUGAAUGACAAGGAGGAUGAAGGCUCCUCUGGUGGUUCCUCUGGUGAUGUGGAGUAGGUUAGAGUAGCAGAUGUUUGGUUGAACAUUGCUCUUGAAGAGUUCCUGUUCUCCUUCCUUUGACACAACAGGAACUAUAACUCUGGGACAUCAGCAGGAGUGAAUCAAAAGCUGAAACGCUCUUCUUUUUAAAACUUUUCCAAAUACAUUAAUGGGAAAUGGUUUCUUUGUUACUUUUAAUUGCAGUAAAAAUACCUGUAAGAGUAUUAAAUGUUUGUGCGUAUUUACCUUCCACACUUCAUCUUCGUUGGUGUGAAGAGCAGGUUUUAAAUAAUGAUUUGAUAGUUUUCUUUUCCAAACUAUUUUAAAAGCCCAUGCUGAAACUCUUUUAAGCCCAAAGGUGGUUUAAACACCUAAUACGUUUAAGUGCUGAUGGGUGCUGACGUCACAACAAGAGCACGGUCGCUGAUGCUGUUACGGAUAUCCAUAUUGUUUUACUAUAAAUUACCUUGAUUAGGCUUUAAAAUGUUAAAUUGUUGCAUACCAACAAAGACAUGAUCAUUUAUUUAAAACAUUUAAAAAGCCCUAGGUGUCCCCAAAUUUUUGAUGGUCAGUGUGCAUUGGAUUAGGCUUAUAUAAAAACAGUACCUUGUGGCGGUAGGAGGAAUCUCUUGAAUGUAACUGGCCAUCUCUUUCCCUCUGCUGCCACCAUGAGCUGCGGGGUCCCUCAAGGGUCAAUAUUAGGGCCUAUCCACUUCUCAGUACAUGUUGUCGCUGGGUUACAGGAAUUCUUUUCAUGAUUUUAUGUAUUCACAUAUGAUCUUUGAGUUGAAUCAACUUAUUGAAAUUUAGUGUAGUCUGUUGCCAUUAACAACUGGAGAGAUUUGUAUUGGGUGCUGGGUCUGUCUAACGGCAUACUGGGCCUGUGUAAUGCUGCAUUCACAAGUUUGCAUUGAAGAAAAUAUUAUUCUGCACUUCAUAGCAGUACAUGGUGGCAUGAAGCCACACAGACGUUGGCAUUGUAGUGGCAGUAAAAAUGGAUAAUUAUCAGAGGAGAGCAGUUUAGCAGUUUAUACUGUUUAUUUACUUUUAUUUGUGUUGCAUAAUACUGGACUCAUCUGGACUUCAGCAACAAUCAAUGGCUUCCAAACAAAUAAACAUAUGGUUUAUUCCACUAUUGCAUUCGACAGCAAAGGUAGGGAAAAUUGUACUCGUGAUGGAGCGCUCUGGCUUGCGGUCUUGCGGUAACAAUGUUUUCUGUCAUAGCUUCAUUGAAAACAGUGCAAUAUUUGGUUUGCCAUUGUCUAUCUACUUCAAACUUGAAUGCAUCCUUAACGUUAUCCGCAAGGUUUGUUAAACCAAAUUGUAUUUAUUUAUUUAUGUUUGUAGUAUGAAUGUCAGGAUCCAUUCAGGCAGAAAUCUAGAUCAUUCUAAAGGGUUCCCAAACAAAGGGUUCUCACAACAUCUGCUAAUUCUGUUAGACUUUGGUGCUGCUUUUGACACCGUUCAUAACAUCCUCACUGAGGGCCUUGAGCACUGGAUUGGCCUGCAGGGGGCAGUACUGAACUGGUUCAAUUUUCUGUCAUAGCGUUUCUCAGUUAAUGGUAAUCUUGUUCCUCGGUUGCCACCAGAGGUGGUAAGAUCAGGUCCAGGAAGUGAAAACAUCCUGGCCCGGAUUUCACAUACUAUUCAAGGUUUU